ACAACACAUCGAAGGAUAUCAUCCCUGAGCCCAUGAUGGAAUUGGAUUCAUCGAUCGAGAUCAUUCCCAGCACUCCAUCAGUGAUCAAUUUAAUCCUGGAACGCGAGGGUGAAGAUGCUCAGCAUGGAUCAUUGAAUUUCGCGACCUCAACCCCGAAAAAACCGCGAAAAUCUAUCGAGGAAAUCGAGGCCGUUCUAGUCGCGUUGGGCGCGAAUCUAGAACAAAGGAAUCGCGAGGACGAUUACGGAGGGCGAUGGGCUCCAACGCAGCGCCAAAAAGAGCUUGAUCAAAUUGCGAUGCAAUUGGAUCAAAGCGGGGAUGAUGAUGAUGAAGGAUUGGCCAUCCAGAGUCUUGAUUUCACCCCGUUAUCACCCAGUAACCGUUCGGGUUAAAAAUUCAUUAAACAUGUCUGUAUUUUUUUGAAUACCUGAAAUAAAAGUCAUACAUUUUAUUGCAUUACCUGUGAGUCUUGACUUUUUUUUAUUGCUAGGCAAGACCCAAUAUUCCCUCUCCUGUCCCCAGCCCUUUUUUUUUCACGUAGAAGCUAGGAGAAAUUUCUCUCUCGCUUCUUCUUCGUCGGCGUCCUGUAGUCUUUCGUUUAUUGUCUCUUUCCUUCUCGUUGUUUAGAGGGUUUAGAGAACAAUUUUGACUUUUUCCUCGUCUUUCCUACAUAAAUCCUUACCCCCAUCUCCCUCUAACUUACGGUUUAGAGGGUUGAGGGCGAAUAGUGGGGCAAAAGUUAUAUAAACCGUGAGGUUCCACUACUCGCCCUCUUUCACCAUCGUCAUCCGGAGGACUCCAGUGUCCAGUUUUAGUGUUUUUUGUGUUUUUCGUUUUUUAAAAAAAAAA